CUCCGAGGACUCCCUCUUUGUUCCUUUGGCCGCAGAUCUCUCCUUCCCUAUAAGGGUUGCCUUUCGGCCCAGGCUCUCCCCACCCCACCCCACCCCCUUGCCAGCUGGUAGAGCAAAGGGUUAAGUCCAGCUGCCUCUCCAAAGAGCCUCCCCCUCGGCAUGAAUAGCUGUGCAGAGACGCCUGGACGAAGACGGGACUCACUCCGCGUUGGCGGCUUCCCUGGCGAGAGCGCAGCCCCCUCGUGCCUCCUCCUCCGGCCCCUGCUCUGUGUCGGUCGGACCCUGUGCCUGGACCAGGCCAAGUAUGGAGAGCUUCCUGGAACGCAGACCCUUGGGGGAGGAAUCCCUCCAGAUGUGGGACCUGAACAAGCGCCUGGAGGCCUACCUGGCCAGGGUGAAGUUCCUGGAAGAAGAAAACGAGGUGCUGAAAUGUGAGAUCCGGGGCUUGAAGGGGAGCCCGCCUGAGGGCUCUUGGAGGGGCAAGUACGAAGAGCAGCUGGCCGCCUUGCGGGCCACCCUGGACGAGGCCUUCAGGGAGAAGCACGUGGCGGAGGUGGCCAAAGCCAACCUGCAGGAGGAGGUCCAGCAGGUCAAGAGCAGGUGUCAGAAGGAGCGGGCUGCUCGCGAGGAGGCCAAGAAGCUGCUGGCCUUGAGCAAGAAGGGCCUGGAGGAGGAGAAGAGGAGCCACAUCUGGCUGAGGGAGAGGGCCGCCCAGCUGCAGAAGGAGGUGGAGGUGCUGGCCGAAGCCCACGGGGAGGAGAGGGCCCGGCUGGACCAGGAGCUGGCCGGCUUCUCCUGGGGCCUGGAGGGCUUCCGCGGCACCCUGGGGACCUUCCAGCCCGUGGAGGUGGAGGACUAUUCCGAGAGGCUCUCCCACAUCUGGCGGGGGGCGGUGGAGACCUACAAGACGGAGGUCUCCCAGCUGGAAGCCUCCUUCGGGGAGGCCAAGGAGAGCCUCUGGAAGGCGGCCGAGAGCAACCGGCAGAACCAGCUGCAGCUGCAGCACCUGGAGCGGGACUGGGCCGGCCUCAAGGCCCGGAAGGAGACGCUGCAGGAGCGCCUGGCCCAGCAGUGGCAGCACCAGCGAGGAGAAGCCCAGAAGCUGCAGUUGGCCAUGGAGGGGCUGGAGGAGGAGAAGCGGGCGCUGACCGUCCAGAUCGGCCAAGUCUUGGAAGACCAGCGGCAGCUGAUGCACCUGAAGAUGUCCCUCAGCCUGGAAGUGGCCACCUACAGGACUCUUUUGGAAGCAGAGAGCACGCGGCUGCAGAUGCCGGCAGAACCCACACUGGCCCUCAGCCUGCAAGACAGCAAACGGGAAGCAAGUGUCAGCCACCUCCCAGGAGUGUCUCUGGAGAGAGGGCGCUCGGGAUCCCGGGACAUCAGGCCAAGCCCUGCUGCCUUCUGGACGGGAGGGGUGGCGCUCCCGCCCCGCAAGAACCAGAACGGCUCCUUCACAGUCAGCGUAGCCUCUGGGCUCCCCAAGAGGAACCAGAGCCCCGGGCUGGGAGAGCCCCAGAAAGCCAAGGCCUUUGAGGGGAUGGAUGUCCCAGACUUCAUCGACUCCGCUGCUUUUAAGCUGGGCUCCCUGCCACAAAACGAGGGGGUGGCCGCCCCCGACACCGGGACCGUUUCCCAGUCAUUCGCCCACGAAGUGCCCCCGCUUUUCACCUCCCUCAGACCCCCGUUCUCCAAGGUCUCGGCAGAGCCCAGCUCAAGUGCAGGGCAGAGUGGGGGUGAAAUCUCAGCCCAGGUGAAAACAGAGGAAUCGGGGAAGAAAGUGGAGCUUCAUGAGGAAAUGGAAGAGGAGGAGGAGGAACCAUCUGGCGAAGAGCCCCUUUGGACGGCCGCUGCGCACAACGGGCCUGGCCCCUCCCGGCUGGUCACAGAAACCUCACUACAGGAAGUUCCAGGGGGCCCCGUCCGCUUCGAGGCUGGCUGGCUCAAUGUGGCCGGCACCCCAAAUGGCAUUCCCGUGGAUGAAUCGGAGGAGGAGGAAAACGGGGCAGCCAUAUCUCCGAGCACAGCAGCGUUGGGGGAUCCCGUCCCAGAGCCCCGUCACUCAGCAGACCUGCUGGAGGACAUCAACGGCUCUGUGGACUCCGCUGAGGGUCACGGCGCUCCAGACGCAGCCGUGUGGAUGUCUCACGGGGCAGAUCCUUCCCCUCUACAAGACGCUGAAUUGGUAGAGGAAGAGAGAAGUCCUUCCGCCCGGCAAAGCAAAGGGGACUUUGCGUUUGACAUUCCAGUCACUGGUGAAGCUGGCUGUUGCAACAGGAUGAGUCCAAUGGAGCAGACUGAGGGGGGCAACGAACAGCCCCCACAUUUCCAGAGCCUUGUCCAGAGGGACGAGUUGGCCGAGGGCGCCAAGGACACAGAAUCAGGCAGUCAACUGGACGUGGACGCAGCUGCCUUUCUCAGCAGCUCAGAGCCUGGCCUGAGCUAUCCCGAGGACCACACAGGUGCCCUGGGGGCCGACUUGGAGGAGGCCGAUGGAGGAGCAGAAGACCUUGAGGUAGUGAGCACAGAAGCCCUGCAUCUCUCGGAGGAUGAGGAGGAGCGGAGAGCACUUUCCAGUCCUUCCAAGGAGAGUGAGGAAGGGGACUUCCAGGCAGAGAUGCUGGAAAGUGAGUUCCUUCAGGCAGAAGAAUUGGUGGUUGAAACUUUGUCACCCAUAAACCACUUGUUUUAUUCUGCUGAAGGUCACCAAGAACCUUAUUUUCUUGGCAUAGAGCAGGAAAUCCCUGAGGAGCAAACACGAUUUUCCAAAUCGGAUUCUGUCUGGCCAGAGCAAGAGGGGGAAGAGCAGGACUCGGACCUUAGAGUGAUCUCAAUCGCUGAUGAGGCCAUCUUGAGAGAUGAACACACCACAAACAUCUUGUCAGCGGAGCCCAGGGUCACCGAGGAGGCAGGGGCUGAGGAAGAGCACAUUUGGGAGCCGCAGCAGCAUAUAAUGGGACACAAAGGCCUCCUGGAAGAAGAGGAUGCUCUGGGCAAGGAAGACAGAAUGGAGACGAACGAAAUCGCCAGCUUGCAAGAUGCAACCAGUGAGCAAGAAACUGUCUUGCAGAUGGAAAAUGUGGAGAGUGCUCCAAGGAAGGGAAUUGCCAAAGGAGAGCAAGGAGAGGAAAUGGUGGAGCCGUGUCAAGGAGACCUCCAAGUGGAGCGGUGGAUGGAGGAUGGAGAAAUCACCACCAAAGGAGAGGAAACGGGGGAGGCAUGUCAAGAAGCCCACCUAGCACUGCAGUGGGUGGAGAAAGAAGAAAUCACCACCAAAGGAGGUGAUAUAUUGGAGGCAAGUCAAGAGGACCACCCAAUAGAGCAACAGAUGGAGGAAGAAGAAAUAAUCACCAAAGACAUAGCAGAGGUGUGUCAAGGAGACCUCCCAACAGAGCAGCAGGUGGAGGAAGAAGAAACCACCACCAAAGGACAAGAAAUGAUGGAGGCUUGUCAAGGAGCCCACCUAGCAGAGCAGUGGGUGGAGAAAGAAGAAAUCACCUCCAAAGAAGAGGAAACAGUAGAGCCAUGUCAAGGAGACCUCCCAACAGAGCAGUGGGUGGAAGAAGAAGAAAUCACCACCAAAAGUGAAGAAACCAUAGAGGUGUGUCAAGGAUCCGUCCCAACAAAGCAGCAGAUGGAAGAAGAAGAAACCACCACCAAAGGAGAAGAAAUGGUGGAGGCUUGUCAAGAAGAUCACCCAGCAGAGCAGCAGGUGGAGGAAGAAGAAAUCACCACCAAAAGAGAGGAAACUGUGGAGGUGUGUCAAGGAGACCUCCCAACAGAGCAGUGUGUAGAAGAAGAAGAAAUCACCACCAAAAGAGAAGAAACUGUGGAGCUGUGUCCAGGAGACCUCCCAACGGAGCAGUGUGUAGAAGAAGAAGAAAUCACCACCAAAAGAGAGGAAACUGUGGAGGUGUGUCAAGGAGACCUCCCAACAGAGCAGUGGGUGGAAGAAGAAGAAAUCACCACCAAAAGAGAAGAAAUUGUGGAGCUGUGUCCAGGAGACCUCCCAACGGAGCAAUGUGUAGAAGAAGAAGAAAUCACCACCAAAAGAGAAGAAACUGUGGAGCUGUGUCCAGGAGACCUCCCAACGGAGCAAUGUGUAGAAGAAGAAGAAAUCACCGCCAAAAGAGAAGAAACUGUGGAGCUGUGUCCAGGAGACCUCCCAACGGAGCAGUGUGUAGAAGAAGAAGAAAUCACCACCAAGAGAGAAGAAACUGUGGAGCUGUGUCCAGGAGAACUCCCAAUGGAGCAGUGUGUAGAAGAAGAAGAAAUAACCAUCAAAAGAGAAGAAACUGUGGUGGUGUGUCCAGGAGACCUCCCAACGGAGCAGUGUGUAGAAGAAGAAGAAAUCACCACCAAAAGAGAAGAAACUGUGGAGCUGUGUCCAGGAGACCUCCCAACGGAGCAGUGUGUAGAAGAAGAAGAAAUCACCACCAAAAGAGAAGAAACUGUGGAGUUGUGUCCAGGAGAACUCCCAAUGGAGCAAUGUGUAGAAGAAGAAGAAAUCACCACCAAAAGAGAAGAAACUGUGGAUGUGUGUCAAGGAAACCUCCCAACGGAGCAAUGUGUAGAAGAAGAAGAAAUCGCCACCAAAAGAGAAGAAACUGUGGAGCUGUGUCCAGGAGACCUCCCAACGGAGCAAUGUGUAGAAGAAGAAGAAAUCACCACCAAAAGAGAAGAAACUGUGGAGCUGUGUCCAGGAGACCUCCCAAUGGAGCAGUGUGUAGAAGAAGAAGAAAUCACCACCAAAAGAGAAGAAACUGUGGAGCUGUGUCCAGGAGACCUCCCAACGGAGAAAUGUGUAGAAGAAGAAGAAAUCACCACCAAAAGAGAAGAAACUGUGGAGCUGCGUCCAGGAGACCUCCCAACGGAGCAAUGUGUAGAAGAAGAGGAAAUCACCACCAAAAGAAAAGAAACUGUGGAGCUGUGUCCAGGAGACCAUCCAACAGAGCACCAGCUGGAGGAGGAAGAGAUUACCGCCAAAGGAGAGCAAGGAGAGGAAAUGGUGGAGGCAUGUCAUGGAGACCUCCAAGUGGAGCAGUGGGAAGAAGAGAACCCCAAGGCUUCACCUGAAAGUGACGUGCUGGAUAGAGAAGUAUUGGUAACAGGGUCAGAAUCAAUGGAGGCUGAGGAGAUGGGGGGGAAGACGAGCCCUGUAGAGAUGGAAGAAACAGGGGGCUAUGUCAUUACAGGUGAUUUGCAGCAGAAAGAGGACCCUCAAGUCAAGGUGGUCCAGGCCGACCCUCCACAGGAAGAACAGCGUGUUACUCCGGAGAGAGAAGAAACCUUCCAGAAGCAACAUCCGCCACCCCACGAAGCCAGCCCUGGGGGAUCGGAGGUUCCUUCAGAAGUGCGGAGCAACACUGCCACUGGUUUUGAAGCUGAGUCCCACAGUGGCCCGUGGGACGGGGAUCUGUCUUCUGAAAGCGACCAUCAGUUGCAAAGUGAUUAUUCAGGGUCCUUGGAGUCCUUCGAAGUGUCCCCAAACGCCACCAGUGAAACAGAAGGGAUUGAAAAGGAGCUGGAGGGCAGUAAACAGAUCAGACUGGAGGAAACGUUGCCAGAUAACACACCUUUGCAUUUGUAUGAGGAACAUUUGUUGGUUGUGGCUGGGAAAGUCCAGCUGCACCCAGAGAACGAAGAGGCGGCAGAGACAGCCCUUUUCACCACAGACAGCACCUGUGCUGCGGACGCCACCGAGCAGCCGGUGGAGGAAGCGUGUCCAUUCCGUGCCCAAACAAAAAAGAAUAAUGCUGCCCGGGUCCUGGAAGGGGCAGGUGAGGAAGGAGAAUCUGCUCCUAAGCAGCAUUCCCCCGACUCUGAGGAGCUUCCUGUUUCAGAAGUUUUUGAAGAAGAAGCUGAAACUGUGGGACUCACUGGAAAUGGUGAAGAAGAAGACAACCUGCACUCCUGGGAACCUGAGAAGCCAGGCGCGGAAGCCCAUUUCCCCUCAGGGGAUGCAGAAUUCGAUGAACAGCACGAGAAAACCUUGCAAGGUGGAAGUGGCUCAAGGAAAGAGCCCGCAGGCGGAGAGAUGGCUCGUGAGGAAACCUGCAGCACAGACUUCGUUUGGGAGGCAGAAGGAAACACCAUAUUCCAAGCAGAUCAGCCUGGUCCCUUCUAUGCUCAGGAAUGUGUCUGGGGGGGAAGUGGCGGCAACCCUUUGGAAUUUAGUGACCCCCACAAUAUAGUGUCUGAAGGUUCUCAUAGGGUUUCUCCUCUGACCAGCGUUGCCGACCUGGGAGAAAUUGUGUUGGAAGGAGAGCAGUUUCCCGAUGGCCAGAAAGAGGCUGCAGAAUUUGAAGGUUUGGUGUACAGUGAGGACGAAAGGGGGCUGGAGGUCCAUGGGUCCCAACCCAUCUCUGAUCUGGAAAACCGUGGAGGAGGAGAUGCCGCCCAACCAACAGACCUGACUGAAAUGAAUGCAAGUAUUAUGGAUCUCACAGAUCCUUCACCAAAGGCAGAAGCCAGCCUUCCCAUAGACAGUCUGAAAGACUCUGAUAUCCUGGAAAUCGUAGAACAAGCCCUGGAGUUCAACCAAGAGGUUAUCAAGGCUGCCGAGCAAACCUCAGAGGCCCAGGGAGACAUUCGUCACUCCCCAGAGGGAGAGAGUCAUGGCAGCUGUCUUGCGUUACCUGAUGCAGGUAGAUCCCAGGUUCUCACAGCGGCCCCAGAGGCCCUCUCCCCCGGGGCUCAAGACCCAACAGGACCUGGGCAUCUGUGGGUUGAAAAAAAUAGUUAUGUGCUGCAGCAUGACUCCAGCCUGCCACAGUUCACCACCGAGAUACUGAACGGCCUUGGAGACCUUCAUCCUGGCCACGGGGAGUCUGGCGUGGGCUCUCCCAGGGAAGGCCUAACUCAGGAGGUGGCCACCAGCCAGCUCUCCCAGGGGGAGUUCCUGGAUGACCUGUCCCUGCUAGAGACCAUGAACCAAAAUCCACCACAGACCCCCGCUGAUGAGGAAGCGCCCAGAACGGGAGGAAUCAGUCCUGAAAUCCAGAAGGCCGUUCCACUGGAGCACAGAGGGCCGGCGGGGCCAAACGUGGACAAGAGCUUCUUUGCAAACAUCAUGCAGUCUGCUCACGUGAAGGGAAAAGACGCCGAGAUGGAGACCGUGUCCAUUCCACCACGUUUUGGAGAAGAAAUUCUCCACCUGGAGUCCACUCAACACCUGAAGUUCCAGCCAGGAGAUGAAGAAGAGUUAUGGUCUCCAGAAGACAACUGAGGUGUUUGGGGGGGCAUUUCUUUUAACCUCCACACUAUCUCCCCCCUCCUCCAAUCUCCUUCACUCAUUGGAAAUCUUUCAAUAGACAGUCACAUUGACAAUCAAAGACGUUGUGUGUAGACAGAGUAUUUCCCCUUCCAGGACUUCCGCUCUGCAGGAGCCAUUUAAAAAGGACAAAACAAAAAGCAAAGGAUGUUCAAGUGAACUAGAGAGACAGAAUCCAGGGCCAGGGGUGGGGGCGGGGGUGUUAUCUGUCCCUCGAGGCAACCCAUUCUUUGGGGGGAGACACUGGCAGAAGCCUGCAGUUACCGUCUGCAGCUGGGAAUGUCCAGGGGAGAAAGAUCUGCGCCUUUGGAGCACUCAAGGAGGUGAGCUCAUCUCCAGCGCCCCAAACCUUCCCGCUCAGGGCCCAAAUAAUUUAACUGCCUGAAACACUGGAGGAGGGGGGGCAGGGAGGGGCAGGAAGGGUGGCCCAGCCUCAUUGCCUGCCCCUCAGGUGGCCCAUUCAGAGCUUCUCACCUGUCAGGGGAGUGGAGAAAUUGGCCACAGGAAGGGGCUGCUGGGCUAGUCCGUUUCAGAAGAGCAGCCGCCCCUCCACUCAGGAGGGCCUCCGGAAGUCCUUCUCCCCCCAGCCGCCUUGGGGCCUGGGGGGGGGGGGGGCUGCGUGUCUGUCCCAGGGGUGGCUUCAGGGGCGGAGGUUCCCGGUCCCCCACGUGACCACACAGAGCUGCUGUGUGGUGAACCAGCCCAUCAGCCCAGCCAAGUCAGCACCAUCCGCUCAAGCUGGCAGGCCGCUCUCUGGGCUCUCCGGUGGAAGCCGUUGACGCCACCUGCUGCCUGGUCCUUUUCAACUGGAGGUGCUACCAGGGACUGAACUCGGGACCUUCUGCUUGCCAGGGGCUCCACCUCUUAGCCACAGCCCAUCCCAGGAUAGACCCACACAAAGCACACGCAACACACACACAAACACACACACGCGUCCCUCAGUGGGUCUGCCAGCAGGAAAGAAGGAGAGCUUUUCAAAGGGAUGGUGUCAGGCCAGGAGGGACAAAGCAGAGCCUUUAGGACUUCUGGCCUCUCAGCCGGGGGGCAGGAGAGGGAAGAGGCCCUGGAAAACCAAGGAUACCCCCCACCCCCCUAAGAGGGUGAAGCUCUGCCCCCUUGGGUGCUGCUGUUGCCCUUGUCCAUCAGAUGGGCGGCCCCCCUCUCCUUCCUGCUACUCUCGGCUCACAGGUGCAACGCUAAGUGUUCCCUCUGUGGUGGAGGCGCACCGGACUCCGCGCCAUCGGCCCUGGGAAGGAAGGAAGGCAGCCCCCCUCCCCCCCUUGUGGGACUCCAGAGAAGAAGGGAUGUCCUCAGCAAGCAGUUGAAUAGGAAGGGCUGCUCUCCCCAACGCCCUCCCAACCGAUUCCUUUCAGGAAAACUUCACAGAUGUCCUCAUUCAAUUCUCUCUCUCUCUCUCUCUCUCUCUUUCUCUGUGUGUGUGUGUGCUCAUUUUACAAAAUACAUUAAAAAAUUAAAAAUG